CCUCUCUUAAUUUCUUACACAAAACCACCAAAACCCAUGGCGAAAUACAUGACCAUUCUCCUCUUCCUCCUCCUUUCUCAAAACCUUAAACCGGUUCGUGAAGUCGAAGCCGCGGCGAAGCGAAGCAUCCACAUAACGGAGGAUCUUGACGAUGUCGUUGACGACGAGGAGGACGAGGCCUGGAAGGAGUGGGGCAAGAAAUCCACGCCCUCUGCUGACUCCGAUCUUCUCCGGCCUUCCGAUUUGUCGAAGAUGUCGGAGGCCGAAAUCCAGGCCGAGAUGAUGAAGCGGCAUUCUGGGCCGUCAAUGGGUUUCGUUAAGCUCCGGCUCGGCGUUCCACGGACUCCGGACAUGGUAGCUGAGAUUGCUAUGAAAUGGACAAAGGUUCUGAGAACUGGAGCUAUCGGAGCAAGAUUCAUGGGUGUUGAUCGGAGCACAAUCAUGUUCACCAUGGAAAGAGGCCAAGAUACAGCUGAGUUGAAGGAGUUUGUGUUGGACCAACCAGAGGCAUAUGAGAUCAAGAUUGGGGAUCAAGCUUUUCGUAGGCCUGGAGAUCCUCCUUUAGAGGAAGUUCUUGCAAAGCUCCACAAUGAGAAAAACAAGGUGGAUAAUACUAAUCCCACUAAGAAUGGAAAGCAAUUGAAAGAAGAGUUGUAGUUGACUGGUAAUCUUUCUGGUACACAACUACAUAACUGACUAAUGCAUUUCUUCAGUAAAUUUGCAAUCUUUGGUUGUAGCAUCUUCAUUCCCCUCCCUCUUCUUUUCUUACAUCUUGUGGACCUAUAUACAAAUUCAAGAUAUCAUUUAUUGUGAGCUUUUUUUCAGUCUA